CAAUCAGAUGUGAACGGAUAGCGGGAUUGAGUGGUUGUUAAAUACGGAUGUCAAAAAGAAGUUAGCGGAAAUACUAAAAACUAAUCGUGACCGGUGUUUGUGCUUAAAAACUAAAGAUUUUUAAAUUCAUAUAUUCUACACACAUAUUCAAUUACGUCAAAGUACGCGGAAAAUGUGCAACGCUUUGUGCAAGAUAUAAAUAAUUAAAAAAAUAAACAAUUGUCAAUGAAAGUGACAAAGGUCUUACAAAAUGGACUACAGAACACGGCAAAUAAAUCUGUUUUGCUAUUUCUGCUGAUGACUACGUAAUUCCAAAACGUGUUAAACAAAUUAUAUCAAAGUGAAGCGGAAAUAAUUGCAAAAAGUUAUCAUAAUACAAUAACUCCCGAAAAGCAUGUCCAAAAAAGCCUCACCUUUGAGUGUUGGUACAAAAAUUAAAGCAAAAACCGCUACAUUAGAAACAGCAAAACACACUAGAACAACAACAGGCACUGUGGAUAUAUCAACGAGUUCCAGUUUGAACACAGCGUCCAGCGAUUUAAGUGCUACAGCGGCCAUGCAGGCGGUCAAAAUAAAGAAGGAAUUGCCCAGUGAUGAGAUAAAGGAAUUCGCCGAGAACACCAUGAACGAGCUGCUCGGCUGGUACGGGUUUGACGGUGUGGAUCGCCUGGACUUGUCGACGAAAACCAGUCGCCUGCUGCAAUCCGCGGCAGUUGCACAAGCGAACAAUGCGGCGCUGACGGCUGCCAAUAGCAACUGCGUCAACAACAACUCCAGCGCCAGUAACAGUGCACUGAGCCAACAACAACAGCGACAUUGCAUGGAGAAACGGCGUAGUCGCAGUCGUGCUGCCACGUUGCUGCAAUUGCAACAGCAACAAAACGAACACUUGCGAAACAUUAACAACAACAGCAACAGUAGUAAUAGCAAUGCGAACAACAAAAACAGCAGCAGCAGUCGAAAAAUUACGCUCAGUUGUGGUGGCGGAAAUUAUCGCACCGGCAACCGAGCUAACGCCAGCGCUUUAGCUGGUAUCAGUAGCGGUGGCGGCGCUGGUAGUGGUGGUGCCGGUGGCGGCGGUGAAAGCACAACAUCCGACCACGAUACGCGCAGUUCGCGUGAGGAGGAUUCGAAGAGUCCGAUUUCAGCUGGCAAAAAUACAACUCUGGAGGAGAAAAUCGACCUGCUGAACUGUUGUUGGUGCCGUCGUCCUGUGCCCGAGAAUGCGCCCGAGUUUCUCACCACCACCGAUGGGCCGCGGUACUGCUCCGAAUCGUGCUUCACGCAAUCACGACGCGCCUCCUUUAAGAAAGCCAAAACUUGUGAUUGGUGCAAGCACGUGCGCCAUGCCAUCAGUUAUGUGGAUUUUCAGGAUGGUGCUUCGCAAUUGCAAUUUUGCUCGGAUAAAUGUCUGAAUCAGUAUAAAAUGCAGAUUUUCUGCAAGGAGACACAAGCGCAUCUGGACAUGAAUCCACAUCUGCGUGAACAAGGUCUGGAAGCUGUGGCGUCCGGUAAUGGCGCUGGUCUCAUAACGCCCGACUUGUGGCUGCGAAAUUGUCGUAGUCGUUCGGCAUCGCCAGCUUCGACAAUAUCCGUUUCGCCAGGCCCACAAGGUGCCGCCGUGAUUACAUCGCAAAAUGUUGGCAUAGCCACUGGCUCCUCAUCUUCACCAGCUUCUUCGGCAGCCUCAAAUGUGGGGCACUCUACGGUGCCACCACAUAAGCCCAUGAUCUCGGUGGCGCCAGUCUCGAAACUCAUGUCGAAGAGCGUCGGCAUGUUGAGCUCUGCAACGAUGCCAACAUCGAAUCGCGUCUCACCGAAACACAAUCGCAAAAAGCGACCAUUGCGCUCCAGUUUGAGUGGCAACGCCAACGCACACGCCGAUUUAACUUCCUCCUGCAUGAAGGGAAAUCAUUUGACACGUGAGGGUAGUAGUUUGAGUGGCUCAGUCGCUACUAAUGCAUCGAGUAUGAUAGGCAAGGGUAAAUCAAUGUUGAGCGGCAGCGGAAACAACAGUUUGCGUUCAAGUCCAGGCGUUCAUUUGCCAGUGGCUGGUGCGAGUGGAAGUUGCGGAAAGACAGGUGCAUCUGUGUUAAAUCAAUUUGCGGGCUCAAGCGUACAGGAUCUCCAUAUGAGUGUGCCACCACUGUCGCCAAUGAUGGAGCAACAAAGCCCGUCCCAUGUGCUGCCGUCACAUCCGUUAAGUAGCGCGCGUUGCGGUACAAAUAUACCACCGGCAUUUUUCGCCACGACUACCGGCGGUCAACCGCCUAACAAUGCUGGACCACAUCAACAAAUACCACACGGCGCGUACCCGCCACAUCCGCCACCCUUUCUAUCAAAUCCUGGUGCGCCCACAGCGCCUGGUUUACUGCCACGUUUCUUCGGCGCCGGCGGUUUUCCUGCAUUUCCGCUGCCCCCGCAUGUUGUGCAAACGCCGCCUGACAUGAUGGGUGGUUUAGGGCUUGGCGCCUUGCUGGGUGCGCCUCCGCCGGUUACAGUGAUGGUGCCAUAUCCCAUAGUUAUACCGCUACCUAUACCCAUACCGGUACCACUGCCAGUGAUGGACUUUUACAAAGCUUACAUGACCCCCGAAGAGCGCAGUAAACUAAAAGAAAAGGAAGCAAAUGAAGCCAAGAAAGAUGCGUUAAGGUCAAAUACUGCGGAUGAGGAGGCAGACGCUGAGGCUAGAUUGGAAAAUAGUGAUUGCGAACAAAAAAUUGAAGUUGGCGAAGAAACCGUCAACGAAGAGCCGUUAGAUUUUACUAAAACAAAGAACUGUAUGCAGGCGCAACAUAUUGAGCACCAAAAUGAAGAAGAAAUCGCUUUGCAUUCGGUUGAAGAAGCCGCAUCCAGUCUUAAACGCGCCUUGUCCGACGAACACUUGACAACGACGACGUCAUUAUCACCGGCAACACCAGUGACCCCAACGACCAACACAACUACCACCACCGCCGUAACACCUUCGCCAGACCGUUCUCCCUGCUCGCCAGCCACGUCUUGCAAGGCCACACAUUGCAUUGUACGUUCAGACGAAUCGGGCGCUAUCAGACGGGAACUAAGCGCAGACAUAGAUGAAGCUAGUGGUGCUAUAGGCGAUUGUGACGAUGCUAAACAAAAAUUACCGAAAUUUAAGAUAACGCGACUCCAAACGAAGCGCACACUCAUACAAACCAAAGAAUCACCCAGCACGCCCACCACUUCGGCGGCGGAAUGCAGCCGACCAUUACGAAAGCGGAAACGCAUAAUCGAUUGCGAUUUUCAAAAGUUAGCUCUCAAAGAGUUGACGUCAGCGGACGGCGAUGGCGAAGAAAACGCCGAUCUGCAUAGUGAGGAAGCCGAUCCGAAGACGACAGGAAUCAGUUUAUCAACAAUAGCGUGCAAUAAUAAUACUAAAGCCCAAAGCAAAAAGUAGGGUUAUGUUUUAAAAUAUAAAAAUAAUUUUAGAAUUCAAUAAGUUCAAACUUAAUUUGGCUAAGAAAAUAGCUUAAGUAAAUAUUGUUAGUGCUUAGUAUAUAAUAUAAGAGUUUAAACGUAUACUCUAAUAAAAAUAUCACACAUUUCAAGGGGGGUAUAAAAAUCGCUUGAUACCUGGUUAAGUAGCUUCAAGCCAAUAUUUCGUUCUACUGUGAAUUUAGCAUAGCGAACCAAAUAAUGCUUUUGACACAUUUUGGGUUACUUAAUUAUUUUAAGUUAAAUGUAUAAUUAAACACAUCUUGAAUUAAUAAAAGAGUUCAAUUUUUACAUAAUCUUGUUGAACGCACAGUAACAGUUG